AACAUUUAAUAAUAAUGAGAAAAUUGGUUGUAAUCCAAAAGCCAGAGCAAAUUUGAGAAACACGCUCUACAAGAACGUUCCUCCCUUACUUUCCGUAAUUUGGCGAUUUGCGAGUUUAUUCUCGUCUUCUCUAAUGGCUGCCCCGUACAGAUCAAGAGAUGGAUUGAGCACAAGGCCAGGGGCGUAUGGCGGUAGUUCCGAUGAGAUUCAGUUGCGGAUCGAUCCGAUGCAUGCCGACUUUGAUGAGGAGGUCUCGGGUCUGCGGAAGCAAGUUCGAAAACUCCGAGAUGUAGCUCAAGAAAUUGAGACAGAAGCCAAGUUCCAAAAUGAUUUCCUCAAUCAGCUGCAAAUGACAAUGAUUAAAGCUCAGGCAGGGGUGAAAAACAACAUGAGGAGACUGAACAAGAGCAUCAUUAGGGAAGGGUCGAGCCAUGUCAUGCACGUAGUUCUUUUUGCACUGCUUUUAUUCUUUUUUGUCUAUUUCUGGUCCAAAUUUUCGCGAAGAUAAGGAGCAAAGAGUGAUUUAAUACUUGGUGUAACUAUAAUAUUGAGACAAGGUCAAAGAUUGUCGUUUAACUCAAAUUCUGGGUACGUUCUUGUAAAUACUUGCAGUUGGUUCCUCUCACUAAUUACUUGUGUAUAUCACUUUACCAGUGUGUAUGUGAUGGACACUUCUUAUUUGAA